AUGAUUGAAUUGCCACCUGUUAAAAGCAUCAGCUACGAUGACCAUGCGCGAUCCAGUCUACCACCUGUUGUCGCACACUACUUUGAGGAUGAGGAGGAUCACAAAGUAGCCACUCUCCCUGGCACCCAUGUUGCUUUCAGCAAAACCAAGCCGUCAAACUCAGAGCCAGAUAAUACAAUAGCGCACCCUAUGUGGGACUGCGUGCAAUCCUCGUCGGGGUUGAGCUACUCGUGGGCCAAAUCGACCGCUCACGUGGGUGGGAAAAAGCACGGGAUCGGCGCCGUGAAUCACGGGGUUCGCGACAAGCCGCCGCGCCCGGGCCCGGAGAUAGAGCCCUUUUCUCUGCGGAAGAACAUUCAACUCGACCCCAUUCCCUUUUUAUCGAGGGAGUCCACAAGGGCCGGGAGCCUCAGCCAUUCUGUUACACCGCGGCUUGACGACGGGGCCCCCCGUCAUUUGGCCGAGUGCGAGGAGCCCUCACCGCUGCUAGCCUCAGCCCCCUUUCCUGCAGACUUGCGGGGGGGAGGGGGAGGGGGGGGUCAUCUUCCCCCCCCUCCGUUUCACACACGAACCUCGCGGCGCUCCCCCGCGGCGACGCCUACUACUCCCUCACAGAGGUGA